CACAGCGUGACUUGAUGCUAGACGAGUCGGUGACGGAUGGUCCAGCUCGAGUGCUAUAAGUAGGCCAAACUUGCGCAACGAAUCAUUACGCCUUCUGGCCAUUUUCUGUCGUCAACGUCCAUCAUACAUACUGCAAAACUCCAUAGCACAGGGCUCACUACUUAGUUCCCGCAUUUGUGCUAGGAACGUUAUCUACACCCCAAGAUGAGCAGUAGACCCGCAAGGACCGCUAGUAUCCCCGUUCCACCACGGGGAGGUAUCUCCAUAUCUCCCGCUCGGAAUAUUGAAUCAGUCAUCUCCAUCCCCUUUGCACCUUCCCCACAGUCCCGUCCUCGUCUUGUGAAUCCGGGAUGGCCGCAACGUAGCCCUACUACAGGUAUCAGUAGUAUCCGUGGAUCUAGUUCUAUGGCUGUGGCAUCCAGCCCUCCAAUGCGCUCGACUGCUCGAUCAUUCACACAGCCAAACCCUGUUCUCCUUUCAGGCACAGGAACUACGCCAACUCACAUAUACUAUGAGCCGCGCGUAAUUAGAGUCGACAACACUUGUCCGACCUCUUCACCUUCUCGUGUUCGUCGGUCCAGUGCAGCCGGUGUUAGGGCGCCCAGCGCUCAGAGACCAGCUAUGGCACAACCGUUGCCUACCGACUCAGCACCAUUUCCCCGUCCCGCAUACCUCGACCAUUCUGCACUGCGGCACCUUCUGCAGACAGACUCUCCUUCACAACUUCCCUCGUCACCGAACCCUGACUCUGCGGUCAUCCGCACUGAAUAUGCUAGGAGGAGGGCACAGAGAUCUCCCAGCUUUGAUAGCGAUGAAGAAGACACGAGUCCUCCUGCGGAACUACCCUCUCGGCAACAGCAGGAGACUAAUCCUUUAAUAUCAUCCGCCCUCCUGCGCCUCCCAACUAGGUGGAGUGAUGAAUAUAGAAGUCCUAUGUUAAGCGUCUCCGCAGAUGGAAGGGAUCUCACUUAUCAAGGAUCUCCAAGCAACUCUGAAAAAGAUGCCGCAGCUGCCCGUACGAUCUUCCCUAUUCCUCCUGCCUGCGGCAUAUACUACUACGAGAUUGAGGUCACCAGUAAGACAAAUAGCAACAAGGGGCGUAUUAGCGUUGGUCUCGUAAGCCGCGAUUUUAAACCGUCCCGCUUACCAGGAUGGGAGAAGAACUCGUGGGGAUACCACGGUGAUGACGGAUCGUCAUUUGCUGCUGAGAAAACGGGCACACCAUAUGGUCCCCAGUUCGGAGCCGGAGAUGUCAUCGGCUGUGGUAUCGAUUUUAGCCAAAAUCGUGCAUUCUACACAAAGAACGGUGCUUUACUUGGCUCUGUUUUCGAUAACAUCGGCAAAGAUUGUGAUAUUUAUCCAGCAGUCGGGCUUUGCUAUCUUGGAGAAUCUGUGCGGGCUAACUUCGGCCAGGACCCAUUCAGGUUUGAUAUCGAGGACCACGUGCUUCAACAACGAAAUACGACAUGGACGCGCAUUCAGUCUGCGCCUUGGACGUGGCCAGUAGCUGACAGUGACAAAGAUCUUACCUCAGCGUCGACAUCCACCGCAGACACCCACGUGAAGUCCCAGAUCAAUGAUCUCGUGCUUGCGUACUUGUCACAUCACGGAUACGCACGGACGGCACGAGCAUUCGAAGCGCAGGGCUCCGCUCGAGGAGGAAUGUCAACGCUAAAAUCAUCAAGCACGUUCACUUCGUCUUCCAUGAGUCGUGUGUCCGAUCAUGAUCAGAUCAUGGACAUGGACGAUGUGCCUCAAACAACUAUCGCUCCUGCACCUAUGGAUGACAUCGAGAUCCGUACCCGUAUAGUGCAUGCAGUGCUCUCUGGUGAUGUCGACACUGCGCUUUCUGACACACGAGAACACUUCCCACGAGCGCUUGAUGCGGAUGCAGGACUCGUGCUAUUCAAACUGCGAUGCCGUAAAUUUGUGGAGCUUGUACUGGAAGCAGCAGAGCUGAAGAAGCGGAUGUGUGCAGAGGAGGCAGAGAUGAAUGUGGAUGCGGGUGGAGAAGAUAAAGGCGCUUCGGACGGGAUGGGGAUGGACGUUGACGAUGAGGCAGAUGUCUCCAGUACUGGAGCGACGAAUGGUUUUGGCGGCGGCAGCAGUGCCAUCCCUAUCAAAGGCAAGCGUAAGGCAUCGUUCGCCUCUUAUUCGCAUUCUAGUUUGUCCGGUGUGACUGCUGCCAAGUAUGGAACCGCUCUCGAGCGUGCGGUGGCGUACGGACAGGAGUUGCAGUCAGAGUACAAAGACCGCCCGGAGAUGCGCGCCAUUUUCAAGCGCACAAGCGUGAUUGUGGCUUUUGAGGAUCCGCUUGGCGCCGGUGGGGAUGCAGCGGAGGUGGCGGGGCAGGCAGCAAGAGUGAGUCUUGCAACGGAAGUGAACCAGGCGAUUUUGCUGUCGCAAGGGCGCCCUGCUCAUCCGGCCUUGGAGAGGAUUUACCGCCAGACCGCAGCGUCCCUCACACAGCUUGCUUUGAUUGGCAACGGGGCUGCUGCUUUCGUGGAUAUGCCCAGGGAGCUGCUGGAUGCAUGAUCAUAUUUUGCCGAUCAUUAUUUCGCUUCGCCGAGUAAUUUUUCUUGUUAUUGUAGGUUACAUAUUUCGAAACCAGGUCAUGCAUAUCUCAAGUUGUAGUAUGUGUCAUUGAGAAUUGAAGCUUUUAAUUGCG